AUGAACAAGGAUGCCUCCGAUGCCCUCCGCUACGUGCGGUACGACAGCGCGCGCGAGAACGAGUACGUCGCCGCCAUGCGCCAGCUGAUCUCCAAAGACCUGUCCGAGCCAUACAGCAUCUACGUCUACCGCUACUUCCUCUACCAAUGGGGCGACCUGUGCUUCCUGGCCUUGGACAAGGACGAUACCAUGGUCGGCGUCGUCGUGUCCAAGCUUGAGACACACCGUGGCGGUCCGAUGAGAGGGUACAUCGCCAUGCUGGCCGUGCGCGAGGAGUUCCGCGGCCGGGGAAUCGCCACGGAGCUGGUGCGAAUGGCUAUCGACGCCAUGAUUGCGCGCAAUGCAGAUGAGAUCGUCCUCGAAACCGAAAUCACAAAUACCGCCGCUAUCAAACUGUACGAGCGCCUCGGGUUCCUCCGCAGCAAGCGUUUGCACCGGUACUAUCUGAACGGCAACUCCGCCUACCGGUUGGUGCUAUAUCUCAAGGAAGGGGUGGGCUCGAUUCGUACUCAAUAUGAUCUCUACGGCACACCACAUGGAGGGUCUGCCAACCCGUCGGGUACUGCGACCCCACUGUUCCAGGAGAAUGGAGGCGCUUUGAUUUGA